UCCUAUUUCACUUUAGGCAUUAGGUCCCAGUCCCAGUCCCACACCUGACAGCAAAAUGUCUGACAAAGGAUCCUUCGAUACCAACGUGCUGACCCUCACCAGGUUUGUUCUGGAGGAGGGCAGGAAGGCACAAGGGACAGGUGAGCUGACUAACCUGCUCAACUCCAUCUGCACUGCUGUCAAAGCCAUUUCCACUGCUGUCAGGAAGGCUGGGAUCGCUAACCUAUAUGGCAUCGCUGGAAGCACCAACGUGACAGGGGACCAGGUGAAGAAGCUUGAUGUCCUGUCCAACGACCUGGUCAUCAACAUGCUCAAGUCUUCCUUCUCCUCCUGCAUGCUUGUGUCAGAGGAAGACGAGAGGGCCCUCAUUGUGGAACCAGACAAGAGAGGAAAAUACAUUGUGUGCUUUGAUCCUCUGGAUGGUUCCUCAAACAUUGACUGUCUGGUCUCUAUUGGAACAAUUUUUGCCAUCUACAAAAAGACCACAGAUGACGAGCCAUCUGAGAAGGAUGCUUUGCAGCCUGGAAGAAACAUUGUUGCUGCUGGUUAUGCUCUGUAUGGAAGUGCCACCAUGAUGGUCCUCUCCACUGGUCAGGGCGUCAACUGCUUCAUGCUUGACCCUGCGAUCGGUGAGUUCAUCUUGGUGGAUCGAGAUGUGAAGAUUAAGAAAAAGGGAAAAAUCUACAGUUUGAAUGAAGGAUAUGCGCAGCACUUUUACCCAGAUGUGACAGAGUACCUGCAAAAGAAGAAAUACCCGGAGGAUGGUUCUGCUCCAUAUGGCAGUCGCUAUGUUGGUUCAAUGGUAGCUGAUGUUCACCGUACUUUGGUGUAUGGAGGAAUCUUUUUAUAUCCUGCUAAUGUCAAGAGUCCUAAGGGCAAGCUGAGGCUGCUGUAUGAGUGCAACCCCAUGGCCUUCAUCAUGGAGCAGGCAGGAGGCAUGGCCACGACAGGAUCCAUGAAUGUUCUGGACAUCCAGCCCACCACUAUCCACCAGCGAGUCCCUGUGGUCCUUGGAUCCCCUGAUGAUGUACAAGAAUAUCUUUCCAUCUACAAGAAGCAUAACAAAUGAGGCCCCCCCCCUCCCCAGUCUCUUUGAAUACAGCAGGUCAAGUCUGGUGUUGAGCAGAACUAACACAAUCAAGAGACUCUAUCGGGACGUUUUCUACUCAUUCCCUCAGCUGCACUGAUGAAGGAACCAUGAGCUUCACUGGACCCACGAACUCCACCUCACACUGUGCCACUUCCAGCUCAUUGCUGUGUGUUUUAUUUGAAGGGACUGUAACCCUGUAUUUUUUUUAAAUAAAGACAAGUGAAAAGAU